ACCCACAGGCUUCCCACCCAGCCGCUGCCUGGGCAGACUCCCAACCUGGGCCUCAUCCACCACCAGCUUCUCCCGUGAUCUUAGGCCUUUCCAGCCCCGGAACUUCUCUGGGUCUCCUCCGCAUCUGCAUCCCUUUCCGGAACCUCAGGACUACUUUAGGGACCCGGGCCUCUGUUCUCCUACAUUUUAGCUCCUCAGCAAACAGGUCUCCAGCUCCUGCCCUCCCUCUCAGGUCUCUUAGGUCUUUGUUGGCCUGGCUGGGUCUUCUAGGCUGUUCAACAGUUUGACCUGCUGCCCACUCCACGUAUGGAGAACCCAGGACUGGUGGUGCGUGGGCAGGCUGCACCCUUUUCCACAGCACUUCGAAGCCUCAUCAACAACCCCCGGUACAGUGAUAUUUGCUUUGUGGUUGGUCAAGAACGGCAAGAGGUAUUUGCCCACCGGUGCUUGUUGGCCUGCAGAUGUAACUUCUUCCAGAGACUUUUGGGACCUGGGGUACCUAGUCCUGUGGUGCUAAGCACUGUGCCGGCCGAAGCCUUCUUAGCUGUGCUGGAGUUCCUGUAUACCAACAGUGUCAAGCUGCAUCGAUACUCUGUGCUGGAGGUGCUCACAGCAGCUGUGGAGUACGGGCUGGAGGAACUCCGAGAGCUAUGCCUGGAGUUUGUGGUGAAGGUGCUGGAUGUGGAGUUGGUUUGUGAGGCUCUGCAGGUUGCUGUAACCUUUGGUCUGGAGCCACUACAGGAGCGGUGCAUAGCCUUCAUAGAGACUCACAGCCAGGAGGCGCUCCGCACCCGUGGCUUCCUGGAGCUGUCUGCCACCGCGCUGCUUCCCGUGCUACGCAGUGACAAGCUGUGCGUGGACGAGGCUGAGCUGGUUCAGGCAGCCCGAAGCUGGGCACGUGUGGGCGCCGCGGUGUUGGAGCAACCCGUGGCCGAGGUGGCAGCUCCAGUGGUUCGAGAGCUGAGAUUGGCUCUGCUCGCCCCGGCGGAGCUAAGCGCCCUGGAAGAGCAGAACCGACGGGAGCCUCUCAUUCCGGUUGAACAAAUUGUGGAGGCAUGGAAGUGCCACGCCCUACGCAGAGGAGAUGCGGCCCGGAGCGCACCGUGUCGCCGGCGGAGGGGCACCCUGCCCCGGGAUCACCAUCGUUUUCUGGACCUUCGUUUCAAAUGAUCCACUUCCGGAUCGUUCUAGGACGUUAACCACACCCCAAACUACAAUUCCCAGGGUGCUAUUCGCUGGAGGUGGUCUUCCUUUCCCAGCAAGCUCAGCAGCCGGAUACGGGAAGGACCGUUUUGCGUCUGGAGUAAUAGCUAAAGCCUCCGUGGGAGAGUAGGGAUUGGACAGUGGGCCCAAGGGGCUAGACUGUGGGUUUGGGUGAUGUCCUGAGACCGGAAACGGGGGUGGCCUUUGUUGCAUGAGCUCACGCUUCUUCAAGUCGGUCACGCCUCUGCACCCCUGUACUCGGGUGACGCUCUAUUUAGCUCAUCCUCUUUAACAAACCAGCUUCCUGGCUCCAGGCUCAGCGCAGAUUUGAGCUUCUCACUUUCCCAGCCCUGGAAAUAGUGUUUGUUUUUUGCUGCGGGUCUGGAACACGGACCUCUUUCUUACCUACCUCAUGCCUUGUCUCCCUCUUAAUACUACUUCCUCGUUGGUUUAGUCUGAAGCCUAUCUUUCAUCACAUUUUGGGGUAUUUUCUACCACUACCCCAGUCAGUGCCCCUCACUCCUUUCCCCCUCGGGGUACAAUAUUCAUCCCUAUGAUGGUCCCAUGCUAUGAUUGUCAAGUAUUUCCUCCUGAGUUCUUUCAGACAAGCUACUAAAUUCCUUGAGAUUUAGCAAUCAGAAAUUCUGGGUUUGGGAGUUCUAGGAUUAUUGGUGGGUGGGGGAGGUGUGGACAAUCUCUCAGUGCAACCCCAGCUGGCCCUGAGCUAUUUAGGACGGGUUAGCUUUGAGCUCAUAGUGCUCGCUCUCUGGCUGCCUCUGCCUUCCUGGUAUGGAGAUUAAAGGCAUGUACGCACUACCGCUCCCCGAUAAAUUAAAAACAAAAAAGCAGGGUGGGAAAGAUGGUAUACGUCUUUAAUCCAAGCAGUUGGGAAGCAGAGAAAGGCGAUCUCUGCAAAUUUGAGGCCAGCCUGGUCUACUACAGAGGAAAUUCCGGGAAAUCCAGGGCUAGAACCACUGUGUGUGUGUGUCUAUGUGUGUGUAUUGUAUGCUUUUACCACUUUAUCCAGCAAAUUUUCUUGGUUUUGUUUUUCAAAAAAAAGCACCCCUCAGCUCCCAGUAAAUAAUUGUAAAGGAGUUAUAAAGCAAAGAUCUAAAAAAUGAAGACUAGUGGACAAUUUAAAAAGAAAUAAAAUAACUCUGGCCUUAUAUGAAAAUA